AUGCUGUCCAAUGUGAUGUCUUCUAUGAUGAUCUGUCAGAGAGCAGGCUGCUGGGGUUGGUGGAGUCUGGAAAUGAACAUGCAAUCUUUAUUUACACCCAUCGAAGAAUGGCCAUCACAGCUGAUGACGUGUCACUGGAGAACAUCAUACCCAUCUCUCUUGACUUUGCUGUUGUCGAAGUUUCUUCACCAGAGCAGCUUGUGGUUGUGGGAGCUGAUACCAGGGUGAGAAUGAACUACAAGGACAAAGAGUUAGAGGUCCGACUUCCUUUUGGGUCUCACUCUCGUCUGUUCCUCGGUGAARUCAACAAGGCGUGGAGUGAUGUUUGCAGGUCUCCCAUGCAGGUACCUAAGUUUGAGUGGAUCAACAAGUACAAGAAAGCCAGCAGAAGCCAGGAAGUCAUGAAACAAGCCCACCUACCCAUGGGCAAACCUCAUAAAAACAACCUGCACCACAAAACAGAGAAAUCGACUGAUAAAAAGGAAUCUUUAGAAAAGUUGAAAACUUCUAAUAGUGCCACACAGAAGUCCAAAAUACAUUCCAGCCCAGAGAGUUCAUACGUUUAUAGUCGAGAGGACCGGGAUGAUCUGGUGCGCUCAUCCAGCCACACAACAUCCAACAAAGCUCAGAUACUGACCAUGCCGCAGUUCGGACUACGUGACAACCUCAUCAAGUGUGAGCUCCUGAAAAAUGAGGAGUUUUAUACCUAUCGAGAGGACUAUAGCUUUUUUCUUGGUACGUACAAUGUAAAUGGACAGGCACCAAAGGAAAGCCUCUGUCCUUGGCUGAGCUGCACUCCCAACCCUCCUGACAUAUACUGCGUUGGUUUUCAGGAGCUUGACCUCAGCAAAGAGGCUUUUUUCUUCACUGAUACCCCCAAAGAGCCGGAAUGGACAAAGGCUGUGUCUGAGGCUUUGCAUCCAGAUGCUAAAUAUGCCUUGGUGAAGUUGGUGCGUCUGGUUGGCAUCAUGCUGAUCUUCUAUGUGAAGAAGGAGCACGCAGAGUUCAUCUCUGAUGUGGAGGCUGAAACUGUGGGCACAGGCAUCAUGGGAAGGAUGGGAAACAAGGGUGCUGUUGCAAUCCGUUUUCGGUUCCACAACUCUAAUAUAUGCGUGGUCAAUUCUCACCUUGCUGCCCACGUCGAAGAGUAUGAGAGACGUAAUCAGGACUACAAGGAUAUUUGCAGUCGACUCCUGUUUCGUCAACUCGAUCUUACCCAGCCUCCACUCACAAUCAUGAAGCACAAUGUGGUUUUAUGGGUUGGGGACCUCAACUACAGAAUCAGUGACCUGGACGUUGAUGGUGUGAAAGAACUAAUCAGCAAGAACGACUUUAAGAUGCUGCACACUUACGAUCAGCUCAAACGGCAGAUCAGUGAAGAGGCUGUGUUUGAAGGCUUUGAGGAGGGAGAGAUUAAUUUCCAGCCCACCUAUAAAUACGAUACUGGCUCUGAUCAUUGGGAUACGAGUGAGAAGUGUCGUGUCCCUGCUUGGUGUGAUCGCAUCCUGUGGAAAGGGAAGAACAUAAAGCAGCAACAUUACAAGAGUCAUAUGGUUCUGAAAACCAGUGACCACAAACCUGUCAGUUCCUUGCUCAUCAUUGGGAUCAAGAGAAUAAAUAAUGAAGCGUAUAAAAAGACCUUUGAGGAGAUUGUACGCAAUAUAGAUAAAAUGGAGAAUGAAUGCAUUCCAUCUGUAACCUUGUCAAAACGAGAGUUCCACUUCAAGGACGUGAAAUAUAUGCAACACCGAGCAGAGACACUGAGCCUCUUCAAUGACGGGCAGGUCCCGUGUCAGUUUGAGUUUAUCCAGAAGCCCAAUGAGUCCACAUACUCCAAGCCGUGGCUCACUGCCAACCCUCCUAAAGGCUUCAUUGCUCAGGGUGGUUCUGUGGACAUUGAUCUUGAGGUUUUUGUAAACCGUUUGACGGCACCGGAUCUUAACUGUGGCAAGCAGAUAAUUGAAGACAUCCUGGUGCUCCAUCUAGAGCGAGGCAAAGACUAUUUUAUUUCUGUAACUGGGAACUAUCUGCCAAGCUGUUUUGGUACCUCUCUUUAUUCCUUGUGCCACAUGAGGGAACCUAUUCAAGACGUGCCACAAGAGACCCUUCUUGAACUGGCUGAGAAGUCCAUUAAUGAGAAUGGGGCAACCGCUGAAAAGCCUCUCGACAUUCCUAAAGAGCUUUGGAUGAUGGUGGAUCAUUUAUUCCGCAAUGCAGUCAAACAGGAAGAUUUAUUUCAACAGCCUGGCCUUCGGAGUGAGUUUGCUGAAAUAAGGGAUUGUCUUGAUUCGGGGAUGCCAGAUUCCCUCCCGGGCAGUAACCACUCAGUGGCAGAAGCCCUGCUUCUCUUCUUAGAUGCUCUCCCUGAGCCUGUGGUUCCCUUCUCUUUUUACCAGCAGUGCCUUGAAUGCUGCUCCAGUGCGAUUCAGUGUGAGAAAGUUAUUUCCAUCCUACCUCAGUGCCAUAAAAAUGUGUUCAAUUAUAUAGCUGCCUUUCUCCGUGAGUUGUUGAAGAAUUCAGCUAGCAAUCGAUUAGAUGUCAGCAUUUUGGCCACCAUUUUUGCCUCUCUGCUUCUGAAAUCGUCUACRAAGCAGGAUCUUGCAGAAAAGAGGAAGACCCAAGAGUUCUUUCAGCAUUUCCUGACCUAAGGCUCCUCCUAGAUGGACACUGUUGCUCAAGCCGAACACUAAAAAUGACAAAGCCCAGUAUUUGACAGUGAUUUCACAAGCGUAUAACAUGAAGCAUAAUUGCAGAAGAUUAUGAGCUCAGUUUCAAAAUAUUUUUGUGAUCUAUCAUGCACAGUUUAUUGUACAUUAUUGAACAUCUGUAGCUGCGUUGUUUAAAUGUGUGUAUAUUUUAUUUAAAGAAUAAGUUGUAUUUUAUUGCUCUUCAUGUUUUUAUAUAAAGAUGUUGAAAUCAAAAUGUGUUAUUUUAUAUAAAUUAUUUUUCCAACUAGGAAGUCACCAGCAUUGGCACUAUAAGCCURUAAAUAAUUUCUUCACAUGUAAUAUCUGUCGCUUUGAAAACAUUUCUACGUUUUUAGUUAUUGUUAGUAAAUUUUUAUUUCCCAUAAUCCAUCACGAAUCUGUGACGUUGCACGGUAACCCACUGAAGAGGAGGAGAUAGGAAGAAAGUGUUUACAAUCCUGGGCUUAAUAGGGUUUUACAUUUAACAAAGGUAAAUUUAUUUUUGUCAUUUCCUUUAACUCUGGCUUGUGUAAACCGUCUUAUUGAUUAAUAACAAACUUGUUAUUCCUGCCGUA